GUUUGAAAUUACCUCAAUUCGAAUGACAAACUGGCCAAUCACAAGCAAAUAAAUCAUUUGUUUAUCACACUCGCGGGUACUCAAAAUCACGGCCGUCGACAGGCUGCCCAGGGCAUGUCUGUUAAACGAAGAGCAGAUGUUUUGGAUCCGGAUUUCGCUGUUAUCCGUCAACAGAUUUCUAAACUUUUGCAGCAAAGUCUUAACGACUGCAAAAGUUUCCUGCUGAUGGUGAAGUCGCUAUAUCCAAGUUCUAUAAAGUUGGAAAUGAUUGAGUAUGAACUUUUUCAAGAAUAUGGAGAUAGCACCCAAGCCGCUGAGAUAUUAUGUCGCCUACAUGAAAAUCAGAAGCAUCUUGAUGUAUCACAAGUUGAUCUUCUCGGCAAAAUAAUUCAAAACCCCACUGAUAAAGUGUGUUGUGAAAUUUUUUCGAAGCUAACUCCGUUCCUGCAGAAACAUCUAGCACAAUUUUAUAUGAAACAAAUAACCAAUGACCUAAUCAGAGCAGACAGCAUUAUAUAUUUGCUUAACUCGAAAGAUGUAGUUUUGCACCCUCAAACUCUACCCAUGUUACUUUCAAUGGCAAACCAAAGUCUUAUGGAAGGUGAAAACACUUUACGUAAAAACAUGGAUGUGAAAAAUCAUUCAGCAACUGUCUGUGGUCGUGAAUCAAUCGUAAAGAUGGAAAACAUAGAUGAAGGCGAAGAAGGAGAAGUAAUGGGAGGCGAUGACGAAGAUGAGUUCGUAGAUGAUCUUGAUACAUGCAGUGCUGAGGCUGACGACAAUGCAUGGAGUGGUAUUCCAGUCUCAGUGUUAAACAUAUUUCGUUUCAAAAUAACCUACGAGUUGCUCCCAGCGGCAUACAAGGCUGUUAGUGUUGCCAAACUGGACAAAAAUCUCAUAUAUAGGAUGUCAGUUACAUCACUCAACUUCCUAUUAACGUACAUAGCUCACAUUCCGAAAAAUCCACGUAUCGACGGGCUGGAAGAUGAUGUGUUUUCAACGAAAAAAGCCCCGAAAAUGUACAUAGCAGACUGUUUGAAAAUGGUAGGACACAUGUUACAGUGGCCUGUUAACAAUACUUUUGACUUCACUUCUAGUAGAAGCCCGUCUGCCCUUGUACAGCUUACUAAGGAUUUGUUUCGGGAGACCAUGUCUUCAUGCGAAAGUUCACCUACAAAGAAGGAUACACGUGAUAAAAUGCCUCGUCCGUCUGGUCAAAGUCUAAGUCAUAAAUUUCAUCCUUUAGCUUUCCAGACGCUCAGCGUAUUUUGGUACACACUUAUUGAUAUAGGUGUAUCAUACCUGAACAAGUUCCGCCACGGAAUCUUCGAAAACAAGUUGAGAAAAUCCUCUGCAAACAGGAUAUUUUACUUCCCACUAAAUCUAGAUGCUAUUUUUAAUCUAAUAUCUAAUAAGGGUUCUUCUCUAGAGGAUGAAGAUACAGUACUCUUGAAAUAUAUUCAUGAAAUCUGGAGUUUUCGUAAGUAUAGUUCCAAUUCAUACUCUUUUGCUGUUCGAGUGCUGGAUACAUUGGAAGAGGAUAUUCGUCCACGUUCCUAUGGAUUAUGUGAUUGUAGUUACGAAACACAUUUUGAACAAAUCAUUCGUUUAGAUUUUGCUCUGAGUGGUUUGAGUAACAAUCACCAAGAAAUAUUAUGGGCUUGUAAAUUCAUGAAUAAAUACCGCAGCAGUAUGUACCGUGACCCAGAAGGCACUUUUAUAUAUAGGUUUCUUCAGAUGCUCAUUGUAUCACUAUGGCCUAAAGAAAGUUGUAUUGCAGUCAGACGGGAAGCUUGUCAUGGACUAUGGGGAGAUUUCGUAAAAGAAUUUAGAUCAGUCUUCUCUCUUCUUGAUCACAACAAAGAAGAAAAGAUACAUCUUCGGAGUAUUUGUCAUCUUGUACCACUUACGCGUACCAUCGCGGCGUUCAUUGUAUCCAAAGCUUUGGCAAGCAAUUUAUGUCAUGUGUCUCGGGAAACAAAAGAUGCUGUUAUUGCUGUUAAAUCUGCUUGUUUGGCAUGCGUAUUAUGUCAGGCUGACGCAAUGUCGAAUGUCGUAUUUUAUUCAGAGCCUGGGUGGCCGCCUUCAUUUCCGUUUAUUUCGGAAAUAAUGCAUAGUCAUUGGAAUAGUAUGCGAAAUCAGUUCCUGGAGUGGUUGUUAUCUCCGACCGCAUAUAUUUUCGAUGUGUGUUUGUUGAAUGCAAUGUUUCAAUUGGAGUGCACUGUUGGAGUAGCAGCUGAGUGGAUUUUUUAUGUUACAAUAUUUAUAAUUUAAAAUGAGUUUACUACUAAGUGCUGCCACGUCUUCCUCACAGUACCUCUUGGGUUUUAAUUUAUCCUAGUCCACAUCUGUCUAUCUCAUGGUGUACAACAUGGUUUUUAGCUUGACAAGUUUUCAACCCAAACGAUGCAGAAAACACCAAUAUUUUGAUUAUGUUAAGUCUAUUAUCAUGUUAUAUGCUUAAUUGUACAAUGAGUACCUGUCGAUGAUCACUGGUUACAAUAUAAAUUGUGAAUACUAUCUGCUCGGCCAGUCACUGUCUUCCUUGUAGUCAUAUCACUUCCUGCAUUACUAAUAGAAUGUCUUAGUCUUGUAACGGCUUUGUAGAAAUGACAUUCUUUAUUAAGUCACAUUAUUAAUUAGUAAAAUUGACACUGUUUAUUGUUGGCCAGUUUCGUGAGAUUUGUAAGGAUAAAUAAGGCAAAUACCACUGUGUAUUUUGUGUUGAUCCUCAUCACAAAGUCUAAGUUACAUUAGAAUGUCAUAUGUCUACUCUGUUGUUACCACCAUUGUAAUGUCGGGAUUUCUGUGAUCAAUAAUUCAUGGUUCUAAGAUUUCAUGUUAUAAGCAGUGAUAUAAACCAGUUAGAAUGAAAACCUAAACCAGAAGUAGACUUGUAAUUACGGAUAUAACCGAAGAAACUAGAUUGUUUGAGAUAUUAAGUUGAUUCCGAUUUGUGCUCUUGACCGACAUUUGAAAUUAUUUUGUUUAUUACCUAGUCUGUCAUUUGGUAAAACUUGUGAACUACUGGAGUAUAAAUAAUCAAUAACUUGUGUUUGGAUUUACCGUUCAUCCCUUACUCUGAGAAAUACACAGGAUUAAAAACAAUUCGCCUUAUUGAUAGAUUUGAACAAAGCAAAAGCAAGAGUUCAUUUUCAUUAUUUCCUGGAUUCUUUUCAACAUACUACAACCUAAACAGUACCUAAAUAAAUCAAAUACAAAACAUUCGAACAUGCUUUCAUCACGUUGACAAAUUAUUAACCUACACUAUAAGUAGCUAAAUUUUUAAAAGGUUAGAUUAUAUAUAGGAUCAUUAGGUGAAUAUUCUUGAAAAGAACUAGAGGGAACAGAGUUCGAGAAUUUGGAUAAAAAAGCGUUAAAAGAAAGCAUUUUAUUACAAUAGGUUGGUAAUCACAAGACUGAUGAACAGUAGCAAGAACAAUAAGGUGAAUAAUGUGCAGUUGGAAAAGCAGAACAAGUAAUACUGGAUGAUACAUAACAUAAGAGCUGUGUAUCUGCUUUAUGAGUAUAACCGCUGCAGCAAUGCCAAAUACACCACUGCCUUUUUAUGUACAUAAAAAUGUGCUCUGCACUUGUUGGUAGUGAUUGUUUCGGCUAAACGUAAACGAUUGGGUUUAUGUAGCCUGGCGAAUAUUUUGAACUCCUCUAGACUGUCCAUCAGAUAGCCCUAAAUCACCGUUCAGUGCCUGUAUAUCCCUAAUUGUCAGAUUUUCUUGUACUUGUUCAAAAGAGCGGAUAGCAACCUUUUU